AUGGCUGCAUUGCACUACCUAUCCCUCAUUUCACUCAAACCAAACAGUCGCUUAUGUGACAGUGUUAAAAUGUACGACAAACUCCCCAAUUACUGCAAACUUAGUGAAGAUUAUGGGAGGUUUCGGAGAUCAGUGAAAAAAUUGUUGACUGUGAAGGCCUAUUAUGAUAUUGAUGAAUUUUUUACCGGCCGCCCGAUAGUAAAAGCAAAUAACUAUCAAUCACAAACACCUGAUCAAUUCUUCGCUCAACUAGCUGCUCAACAGCAACCAUUGCCCCAGCAGCGCACUUACCAGGCAGUCCCAACUGCGCCCCACCGCAAGCCGAUUAUUGGACAGCAAUAUCAACAACAGCAAGCAUCCCAAUACGGGCAAUCUCAACAACAAUAUUCCCAUCCUAAUCCUCAGUCCUUCCCUUCACAGCCCACGGCGCAACAGUUAAGGGCGCAACACCAACACAGGCCUACCACUACCGUACAGCCGCAAGCCACUCCGGUGGGUCCGGCCGUGCAGCCGCAGCCGCAAGUGCAACAGCCUCAAGGACCGCCUCCGCAGGCGGCAACGACGACGCAAAAGCAGCCAAUGGGGUUUCAGCAGCAAGGGCUACAGCAACAGCAGACGAAUCCCUUGUGGCAACAGUUCUUUAAUUCGGCAGCCCAACAAAAUUCUCGCCAAGCCGGUCAUCGAAGCCAACAAUCUGGGGCUCUCUCUCCCUCUACAGCUGACCAGUUAACUCGCUGGUUCUCGCCUGAUUUGUUAGAGCGUGCUCGCGUCGGCGAUCUUCCUAGCACGGCCAAUUUGGCACGUUUGGAAGAGAUUGAACGCCAGGCGGCAGCACCAAGGGGGCCCAGACUUGCUUUGGAAAUGCAGUACCGCAUGGUCUCAAAUUCGUCAAAUUUUCACCCAGAAGUGCAGGCGUGGAUUUUUAAUACCCUCCCAAAUUGCCUGAACGGAAUAAAGAAAUAUAGGGACUCAUUUAUCAAAGGGAAAAAGGGUUUACAUACCUCAACGGCCGAUAAUAACCUCACUUUCAGAAAUUUACACAAAAAUCAACAAUCUAUUGAUUUUUCAGGAAACGUUCCAGCUGGCACAACUACUCACUUCUCUGGCUACUUAAAUUAA